CAAAGACGAAGAUGUCUAGGAAACGUUUGCAUCCGGAAAGCCCAUCAUACGCAGCUCAUGGUACAAUGACACAAAGCAAAAGAUUGAAAACAGAAAUGAAGAUGGAAUCUAGCUGCCAUCAAUGUGAACAAAAACAAAGUUUGGCUGAGAUGGAGGCUUUUUACAGGCAGAAGUUGAAUGAGGCCAGGUCUGCUCUGAAGAAGAAAGAAGAAGAACUAAGAUCAUUCAAACAGAGAGUGGCUGCAAAUGUGGCUGUGUCAUUAAAGACAUCAAACACUGAGAGCAUGAACGACCCAGUCAGUAAAACCAGACUGACUGAGAUGUACGACAACCUGAAACUGCUGCAGUGGCCUAAAACCAAAGAUCAGCUGAAGUCCAGGAACGUCGGCCCAAAGGAGGCCAAGGAUCUGAUCCAGAAAACCUUUGGAGCUGCAUCUGAAGAAAUGAGGAGAAAAAGGGACCAGAUAGAGGAGGUGUUUCGACUGGCUGAGUCCACCACAGGAAUGAUUCAGAAGGUUCAAGAGUUCAGACAGCUGACAGUUCAGAACCUAAAGGUGGCGCUGUUCCACAGCAGCAAAGAAGAUCUUCUAAAGACUUGCUUCCCUGGACACGGAGGUCAAAACUCACAGGAGGUGGAGGCGGAUCUGAGAUCUCUGACCUCUGAGUGCUUCUGGUUGGGAUGUUUGAUGGGUCUGAAUAAUCCUCCACUUCAGCCUGAUUGGAAGAACCACGUUACUUCCAUGGAUUCUUGGGACAUUUUCCCACGAGACAUUAAAAACUCAAUUGCACUGUAAAAUAUACUCUCUUUUGACAUUUUAUGUGGGACUACUGAUACUAGAGAUACAUGAU